CAAACUGGGUUUAAACGCUCUUUACAUAAAAUAGAAUAGUUUCCUUUUAAUUUUACAUGUUGAUGUGUUCGUGAAAUCGAAAUUCUUAAUCUGGUUUUUAGAGUCAUCGUUUUGUUUCUUGUUUUUUAAGAUUUCUUCGUUCUUCUUCUUAACCUGCACAGCACAUGUGAUUUGUUAAGGGAAGGUUUUGGAUGACAUGAAAUACCAUGAUGCGUCUGCCAAGCGUCGGACUUUGCAGCUGAUGUAUGACUGAUUAGUGAUUACCAAGAUGGUAAUUCUGUGCACUCUGUGGUCUUAAAUUCCGGAUUUAUAAUUUUUAUUGUUUAUUUUGUUUUGAAUAAUUUAUACUGGUAUUGCUACACUGGUAAGCUUUCCGUGCUCUCUUCUUCUGGCGACCAGUUGUGAUACUGAAUGAUCUCGAUGGUGCAGCAGAACACAGCAGUUCUGCUGGGGAAAUUGUACGUUUGGCAAAGAAUUCAUUGUGAUCGGGGCUAAUUUGUUUGUUGAUGGGUUAUGGACGCCAUGGAUGACAUGAUCUAUGAAGAGCACGAGAUUGAUGCCAUUCAGCCCGUCGAGGAAUCCCCUCGUGAUAAUCCUCCACUGCACAUCGCACCCGAACCCAUUGUUGUGAGAGGAACGGGCAACUUGACAAUAUUUGGAUUAAAUAAUCGAUUUGAUACGGACUUUCAGACUGCUCUUACCAGCAAGGUAGCGCCUGAAGAGUACAAAGCGACAAUCUGUCGCAUAAACAAUAUCCUCCAUCGUGCCCUUCCCAACAGUGUUAAAUGGUUAAUCUGUGGUUGCUUCUGCUGUUUCUGUACACUGGGAUGCUCCCUGUGGCCCGUGAUAUGUUUACGGAGACGGACGCGUACCAUGAUCGAGAAGGCUCUGGAUUACGAAAAUCAGCGUCUUUAUAAUCGAUUAGGCCUCCACUGGCGUCUGACCAAACAGAAACGCGAUGCCACGGGAAUGAUCGAAUACGUAAGUCGCUUCCGAUUAACACGAUGCACACUUGUACCGGUUGAUGCGUACGACAUGGGAUCGGUUGACAUGGUCCAUCCAUCCAUCCCCGGCAUCCGCAUUCAAAUUACACACAAUUAGCUGACGCUAUGCACGCCCACGUGCUACGUGCCUCUUCUCAUAAAUUCCGAUUACAGAAAUUAGGAAAACAAGAUUAAAUGCGGAUCUUAACGGUGCUGUGAUGAAAACGACAAAUCGUUUAAUUCUAUGGCUUUUGUUUCACUUCGAGUUCUACAUGGGAUCUAUAUUGAAUUGAAAAUUUUGAAUAGCAUUGAAUUUUGAAAACAUUUUUGUCUUGUAUCUUCCAGUGAAAUUUCGGCUGCAAAGAGAAUUUCUCACAUGUCACAAUGCAUUAAUGGAGUGUGCAGUUACUGUGUGUUGUGGGUGGAAUUAAGUGAUAGAUUUUUAGCUGGCAUUCCAGUUGUUUAAUUUUGAUAAUAUGUAUGUGAUAAGCGUAGUGCAAAAAUUUAAAUUCAUUGAAACGUGUU